AUGAGGGUUGACCAGAUCGGACUUCUGCUAUGGAAAAAUUACACCGUACGGAAACGUCAACCGGGCAUAUUGGCACUGGUAUUCGUAUGGCCCGUGGUCGUGUUCAUGAUCCUCUACACGAUCCGCGACAACGUGGAUCCGAAGUACUAUCCAACUUGCCAAUUUCCUGCGAGGUCGAUGCCGCAGAAUGGUCUGCUUCCAUUCGUUCAGAGUUUCAUUUGCAGCCUCGGGAACCCCUGCGAGCCCCUAUCGGAAUACGAAGAAGUUCCUUCUUAUAGAAAUGCCACUCUAGGUCCGUUCGUGGUGGAUCUGCAGCCUAUGCUGAACAACGGAACGAUUCUUUCCGCCAUCGGCACGCUACCGAACAGCAUCCAGCUUCUAAAAUCAAUGGCGCAGAUACUCACCAGACCGGAAAUCAAGGCGUUGUUCGAUCGAGGUAUUCGAUUGGGCGAUCUGUUCAACAACCACGACGAGAUCAAGAAUCUUCUCAAGCUUCAGAUGCCGUACGCGCGGAAUGGAUUGAUCGACGAACUGUUCAACUCGUCUAUAAAAUUACUAUACCUCGUCGAAGCGUUUGGCUCGUCUAACAUCAACGGGGUGAUUUGUUCCCCGGAAAGUUUGAAGAAGUACCUGAUUCUACCAAACGAUCAAGACUACACAGAAAUCUCGAAGAUCCUCUGUGACAUCGACUCCGAGAUGAUACCGAACAUGCUCGAGAGUUUGUCCAAGCAUCUUGAUUUCUCCGGCUUGCUCGAAAUGGUGGACCGUGUAAUGGCCAAGUUCCGCGACUACGAUUUCUUCGAGGACUUGAGGAAAGCGGUCGAAACGAUCCUGGACCUGCGAACCGUGCAGAAGUAUGUUCCGGAGUACUUGAGGAUUCGUCAGUGGAUGCCGAAGAUGAUAAUGCUCUUCAAGAACGUCACGUUCAAAGAGAUCGACCUUACCUUCGUGAACAGAUCAUUGGAAAUCUUGGACCCGGUGUUUUCGAAGGAAAGAGACUGGAUAAUCGCGCGCAGAGCGUUCCUGAGGAUACAAAAAUUGCUGGAGCUGGCGAAAGAUAUGACUAAUGAUCAAACAACCGAAUCUUCCGACGGAUUUUUCGCUAUGGUGCAUCGUCUCACUAACGCGGUGCAAUUUAUGUCUAUCAAUAUAGUGAACAACGAGAAUUUCACUCAAAUUCUCGACUUGAGCAUCGCAAUUUUACACGACGGCGCUAAGUUGACCAAAAAGAUCUUGGACGAUUACGCGGACGACAUUCAACUACCAGCAGAAAUUCUGGACGGGUUGAGGGAUUUUUUGUCGCACAAUAUUCUAGCCACGCUCAGCUACGUUGUGUCCUUCAUGCAGUCGAUCGUCAAUAUGGUGCAUCACGCGGCCAUCAUUCACGAGGAAGUCCAAUACAGAAUCCACGAUAUUUCCAUAAAUCACAAGGACACCGUGCAAAAGCUGCUAACGAAUGUCGAUCCGAAUUUCUAUCGGACGUUCGUCAGAUCGUUCUCUAGAUUGAGCUUCGUCGAGAAAUUCGUGGACAAAGUUGAGCGCACGAGACCGGAGGACUUUCUUUGCCAAGAGGAGACGCUGAAUGAGGUUUUCGAGCAUUUCAAAGACGGCAGAAACGAAUCGAGGUACAUCAACGAACUACUGUGCAGCGAUCCCGGGAAGAAGUUCAUCUCGGACGUGUACGAAAGUUUCGAGCUGAGUAACUUCGAAAGCAUCGUGAGCAACUCGCUGUCCACGAUGUUCAGCAUGGCGUUCCAGCAAGUGGUUACAAUCGAGAAAUCUAAUCUAACAUCUGUCGUGAAGAGUACCAAACAACUGGUGUCCUAUUUGCAAUCAUCCAAGAAACCGGAACCAGACUGGUCUGGCUUUAAAUUUAGCGAACGAUGGAAAGAAGCGUUCGAGGAGACUAAUCCUCAAGGAAGAUUGAACAUUUUAGGAAUCCAUUUGAGCAUAGCGAAGAUGAUCGGUUCUCGUAGUUUAUCUUACGUCACUAUUAAACCUGAUUUGGAGAACAUGGACAUGCUCGCUGGGAUUAUUCUGCAGGAUUUGCGAGAAUUUCCUACCAGCUGGAUCGGCGAAGUUAGGCGACAGAAGAUGCAGCUGCUACAGUCGUUCUACUUGACUGUAACCGACAAGGAUAAGGCUCUGAAAAUUCUAGAGUACGACAACUUCACGAGAACCUACUGCACGAACCCGAAUCCACCGGUUUUAUUAAAUUUCCCAAAAGGUUCGAACAAAACGGUGUUGAAAGCGCUCGUCUGUCGCCUCUCGAGGUUCGUGCAAACGGAGCUGGAAUUAAACAUGACGGAGAUCGGGCUGAGGGAGGAGGCUCAUUACAGAAAUAGAGGAUCGUUCAAUUGGACAGGUUUCAACGUGAAAACGAUCGAGAUUUAUCGUUACAUCGAUACGUUGGUCUAUCAAAAGGACUCGGACUACGAUUUGGCUGAAUUCGAACGGUUGAAAGACGCGUUUCGACAAUCUUGGAGCACCGAUCUCGGCGCGAAAGACGUUUUCGAGAUGAGCGUAGGUUUGAUCUGCAAGUUCUUCAAUCUGAUGGAGAGUCCUCUAUUCCGUAUGAAAGACGGAUGGAAGGCGACGCACGCGAUUGGCUGGGCGUCCUCGGUGAUCUUCGACAACGUCGAGAGGAUCGUCGAUCAAAUUCAAAGGAACGAUCAGGUGGCGAAGCUCUCGCAAGUGCUGCAGGACAUGCCUCAGACGGAAAUUCUUCUGAGCGCGAUCCUGAGAAAUAUGUCACCUCUGAUUCUCGACGUGGUCGACAUCGUCACUAUGACACCGAUCCACCUUAUAUCCGUUCUGGAUGAUUACAAAUCGCGGGAAGAACAAUGGCCGUGUGUAAGAAACGAGAGCGUCGGUUUCGUCAUGGAACUGCGAAACGGCACUCGAGAAAUAGUAAGAGAGAUCGAGAGGAUAUCGUGCAAUCCAGCUUUGUUUAUUCAAGAAUGGAAGGAGCAACCGGUGUUAACGAGGGCAAAAAAGAUCUUACAGCACGACUACACCGUUCGACUUCCGCCGUUCAAUUGGACUUUGGGUUACGCGAAAUUCCGUCGAUUGUCUAAGAAGUUCGACUAUUUAAUCAACGACGCGAAACAAGUUAUUCUUGCGGAACAGCCGAAUUUCUGGGAGCACUUGGAGUACCUUUUGCCCGAAGUCAAGAGCAUAUUCGAGGAACGAUGGGUGCAUACGAAGAACGACGCGAGGCAAACUUUUAGUUACAUCGAUUUGGAACUGGACAAGACUGUGACGGCUUUUCAGAGCAAUCUUUCAGCUAGCGAAGUCUGGAAACCGUCGGUUUCUAUCGAAAACCGUAUUCUCGUUUUAGCUAAAUUUAUCUCUCACGCUGUUCACAAAUUAACAAAGACUGCAACCGAGAUUUUAAGCGAAGCAACCUUGCCAGAUCCUUUCGAAAACAUCACAAGAUUAAGCGUACUCCCUUUGUUAGGAUUCGAUAAGAGUACGCCUGUUUCAAUUUACUACGACAAACUGCCCUACGUUCUGGCCACGAUAAUUAACGGACUGUCGGAUUUCGAUAUCGAUAAUCGUAUAGUAGAGUCGUUGAAUAGUACUGGUGUCACUUGUUCCGAAAUGUUCGAAUUGUGGUCGGAUUCUAUUAUUGGUCUUAGCGCUGACGAAUAUAGAAUCUUGAAGAAUUUCACCUGUGAUCUCGAUCCUGAUAAUUUCAACGCUUAUACCGAUUUGUACAUGGCGGAGUCGACUGUUUGGAGGAUGCCUGUUGAUAAAUAUCGAUCUUACGUGACGACGGCCAUGGGUGGUAUCUACGAUUUCGGUUCUGAAGUUUGGAGACUUGUCAAUGACAUAAGAAAGCCAGAUGUAACGUUUGAGAUGCCAUUUUCAAUGAUAUAUUGGGCAUCCAGCUUGCAGAAACUGAGAGAUGCUUUCGAAGAGAACGAUAAACAGCCUGAAUUAAAAGUGACCAACUACAGGCUGUUGAUCGAGGGUAUCGCCGAAGCAUUACCUCACAUCGUGAACGCGGUAAAAACUCUCAACACGAAGAACGACGACAUCCGCAUCUGGGACCUGGUUGAAAGCGGGGACAUGCGUCGGUUGUUGAAAAUUCUAGACACUCAUCCGGAGGAAACGAUUGCUUUAGUGGUUUCUCUGUGCACGAUGAACAAGACGACAGGUCAUUUGAUAUCGUACGAAGAUGUAAGAAAGACCAUGUGCGACUUUCAGUUCAACUCAAGCUACUGGUCCACUUCGAAUCGAACUCGAUUCAUCAGGGAGAUCUGUUCCUUCGAUCCUUCUCAAUUAUUAAAAUCUGUCACCAGCGCGGAGUACUACUUCCUCGUGACCAAUCGCGGAUCCAAGAUGUCGAGCACGACACGUCUAAGUUCCUCCGUGACCAAACUAGUCGACGCGAUAAUAAAUCUUCGAGCGAGGAGAACAGAUAUCGUCGUCAAAUCGAACAUCUUCAACGUUACCACUUGGAUGAACAUGUCGAACGAAACCACCUGGAUGAUUCGUAACGCGGGCCAAACUUGGGUGCACACGAUCGCCGUGAGAAAUGAAAAUUCGACGAGAACGAGCGCGUUAAUAGGUACACCGGAUCUGUUCACCAGAAUCAUUCGAAUGUACCAAGUUCUGGACGCCACGGUCGAGUUACUCGCCGGUGGGGACGUCUGGCAGAAACUCCGGAUCAUCUACGAGAACACGAGGGUGAAACCUAUCUUGACUCUGAUAGAGGACCUGCCGAAUCUCGUUGUCAGCGGUGUUGACACUUUCGUGAAGUCGGAGAGAUUGAACGAUUUCGUGGAGAAGCUUGCGUUCGGCAGGGUACACCCGUGCGACAUCGACAAAUAUUUAAUCGUACCCAGUUUUGUGAGGAAGAAGGUUCUAUUGUCGAGCAUCACAAACUUCUGCGAGAAGAUCGUUCACGCGGAGAAACCGUUCACUACGAUCGAUAUAUUGCCAAUUGACGCGAAGUACGAGGAAAAUAGGAUGUUGAAGCCUAGUGGCUAUAACGAGUCUUAUCUUCUGGACAGAAUGCAGCAUACUCAGUCGACGAUAAUUCGAGUGACGUCAGAAGGCUUCAAGGAGCCCAAAAUUCCACCAUGGUGGACGUCUUUCAAGGAGGGCACGUUCCAAGCAUUUUUGUCCCAUUACAAGAAAGAGGAUACCAGAGCGUUGGCACAUUUGGCGGUGAAAAAAGUCUCGACGACCGUCAAGAACAUUCUGAAUUCCGCCGAAAAUACCGGAGACUGUUCCUGGUGCGUCACGUUACCUCUCGAAAUUCUCAACUCUCAGCUGGUGAACCAUCAGCUCUACGCGAAGCUCCUCUGCCAGUUGAAUCGAUUGCACGUCUCGGAGAUUCACGAUAUCUUGAUGCGUGAUUUUUACUGGAAUAAAACUGCCAGCAUGGUCAAGAAUUACAAGUAUCUGAGCGUGAAACGAACCAGAAACGAAUAUAUAUCAACCUUAGAAGGCACCCUGAAUUACGUUGUCGAUAUUAUAAUGAAUUUCCAAAACGAGACUUACAGCGACAGGAUGGAUAAAUGUUUUCACAAAUUUGUGGGGGAACCAGCCUACUCCAGACCGGGAUUGUACGUGACGGCGGUGCUAGCUCUCCUAGACUCCUUGCAGCAGAACGUGGUGAUCCUGGACACGGCAGCGACUCACAAGAACAUCGACGAGUUGUCCGCAAUGGCGAUGAAGUACGUACCGAUCUGGAAGCCGUUGCGCGACCUGGUGAACGCGUCGGAUGCCGAUGACGUCGAGGCGUUCUUGCCUGGCGCGAUGAUUAACGUGAACGCGAUUCUGAACGACAGAAACGGUUCUCUUUGUCGCACGAAAGUCGAGUGUAGAAACUCGAACGUUCUCUACUCGCAUCUCACCUCGAAGAAAGCUGGAAAAGUGUUCCGGUACGAUCCGAAGGUGACGAGUUAUCGUUCCCUGUUGGAGAUCGCCGAUCGAUUGUCUCGAAGCUUGGACCUGAAUCGGAUCGAACGUGAGCUGAGGCAAUGGCGAAUGGAAGCGGCGUGGAAUAUAACGUGGCUGAAAGAGAUCCUGAGGCACUUGUCCGUCGUUAUCGAGGAGAGCGGCAAUCUGCUCGACGUCGCCAGUAAAAUAGACUUCCAGGACGUCUCGAACGUCCUCGGGGUGCCUGAUAUCGUCGACGGAGUGGUUAAUAUCCUCAAGGAUAAGACGGUGGACAAGCUUUUCGACGGAAUGAUGGAAAUAGUGGAGGACGUGAAACCGUUCAUCAAGGAUCAAGAUAUACUGGACGAUGUUUAUCGAAUCGUCGUGGCGCUCGAAUCGAUGGAUAUCUUCAAGAAUUUAGGCCUGCUCGAUAUGAAAUACGUUAUCAGAGACAUGUUCGACAACUGGGACGUGGUAAGAUCGUAUUUGGUGGAUAAGAUCGAAAUUUCCAACGACGUCGCGUUGAUGCUGAGCCAGGCGAAGAUAGACAUGAUUUCCGUUUUCAUGAAAGAAAGAAGAGCUCUCAGUUUGAAGGAAAUCAUUUGCUCACCGAAGAAGCUCAGCGACAUGUUGAAUUUCAACAGCGGUAAUAUCACCGCGCAGGAAGUGAGCGAGGCGGUCUGUCAGCUCGAGGACGCACAGACGCAGAACGUGACGAUAACGUUGGUUAAAAAUUUAAAUUUCGACUAUAUUUUCAAGACUCUGAUGAGCGCGAACGUGAAGAAUAUCUUAGCGAACGCGAACCUGACAGAGACGGAGGGAAAAAUGGUAUUGGAUAAUCUCGGUGUAGCUGCAGAAUUGUUGCCGUUCUUCAGGGACAAACUUUCCUCCAGGAUGCCAUCGGCGGAAGCUUUGGAAGCAGAUGCGCAAGAACCGGACAAAACAGUCUCCACCUCCAAGUUCCUGCAAGAUUCCAGCGAGAUGCUGUGCGGACAACCGAUGGUCUCUGAUAACAGCGAUCUGUACAGAAUCAUCUCUAAACUCGAGGAUAACAGCAAAGAAUUCGACCAGGCUGAACUCGACUCUCUACCAUCUGACUUUUGCAGAGACACUUACAAAGGAGUGGUCGCGAUGGGCGGUGGCAAAAUCAUCUGGUCCUACGUGAAACCUCUGUUACGCGGUCAAAUCCUUUACGCUCCCAACGCCACGAUAAUUAACAAAGUAAUGACACUGGCGAAUCGAACGUUCGUGGAGAUGGAACAUUUCGGCGAAUUAAUGGACAGUUUCGAGAAAACCCUGUCCUCCCUGGCGAAUCUGUCCGAAAUGAGCGAUAGCCUGAAGGAUCUACAGGACAUUAUGUCUUCGGACGUAAUAAAAAUCGCGAUUAGGUCGUUCAACGGUGGCGAUUUCCAAGGUGGAGAUUUCACCGAUAUGAAUCUCAGCGAGAUUUCGUGGCGGCUUAAAAGGUCCAAGCGUUUGAUCACGAUGGUCGGUAUGUUGAAUGAUUUAUUGGAGUGCGUGCUCGUGGAUCGAAUAAGAGGAUUUCGCUCCGAGGAGGAAAUGGAAGCCGAGGCACGGGUCCUCAUGGAGACAAGGGAGUUUUUAGCCGGUGUUGUUUUUUUGGAUCAAACCGCCGAGAGGUCUAGAAGGUCCUUGGAGCAGGAGCUGCCUCACAACGUCGUUUACAAAAUUCGCAUGGACGUCGAUUAUGUACAAUCCACCAAAAGGUUGAAGAAUCAAUUUUGGAUUCCUGGUCCUGAGAGCAGUUUCAUCGAACAUUUGAGAUAUCUUAGAGGAUUCGUUCAGCUUCAAGAUUCCAUCGAUCGAGCGAUAGUGAGAACGAAGAGUCAGAGGGAUCAGGAUUGGAAGACUAUAACGCAACAGAUGCCUUAUCCUUGUUGGAAGGACGUACCGUUUCAAACAACGCUUUACGAGUCUCAGGGUAUUCAAGUUUGUUUCUUCUUCGCGUUGAUGAUGUGCGUGGGAGCGGCAGUCAGGCACAUCGUUUGGGAGAGGGAAUCUCAAAACGCGAUGGUGAUGAGCGUGAUGGGAUUGAAACCUUGGAGGAACACCAUGGCUUGGUUCAUCACCACCUUCGUAGAACUCUUGAUCGUCAUGAUCUCGAUCGCUCUAGUUCUUCUCGCCGGAAAAAUUCUACCGAAAUCCGAUCCUGCUCUAGUCUUGAUCAUGAUGAUCGAUUACGCGUUCGCCAUCGUAACAUUCUGCUACAUGAUUUCAACGAUGUGCAGCUCAGCAAGCCUGGCCGCGAUCACCACAGUGGUUAUGUUCUUGCUGACAUUCAUGCCGUACAUCAUUGUCAUUGCUAUGGAGGCCGUUAUAGGUCUCGGGUAUAAGCUUCUCAUCUGUCUCAGCAUGUCGACCAGCUUUUGUUACGGUUGCUUGUACGCCGCCAGGAAGGAAGUUCAAGGCGUUGGGCUAACUUGGAGCGCAAUGUGGGAGGAAUCCAGCCCCGGUGAUCCGAUGUCCUUGGGUUUAGUGCUUCUAAUGAUCGCCUUCGACGGUUGCCUUUACGCCAUAAUUGGUUAUCUCGUCGCCAAAUACACGAAUUCAGGCAGGGGCUUUCACGAUUUGAGGUCCCGUAGCUUAUGGUGGGCCGACACACGUUCUCUCUAUGGCAAGCCGAGCUACCUCGCCUUCGUCAACAACCUCUAUUUCACUAACGACGUUCUCCACCCUUCAGCCACUUACCAAGACGAGGAAAGCGACACGAGCAGCUUGAGCGUCAGCGAGAAACAAUCCGGGGUGAGAUUCGAAGAGGUGAGAAAGGUCUACAACACCGAUCAGGGUGAAGUCGUCGCCGUGGAUAAUUUCACGUUGAAACUGUGCGAGGGUGAGGUGACCAGUGUUCUAGGGAGAAACGGAGCCGGGAAAACCACCAUCAUCAAGAUGCUGACGGGGAUGCUGGCUCCGACCACCGGCGAGAUCUGUUUGAACGGCGAGGAGGGCUGCAAGCCUGACAUAGGGGUGUGCCCUCAGGAUAACGUGCUCAUCGGCACUCUCACGCCAAGGGAACACUUGAUCUUCUACGCCAAGUUGAAACAGCCUAUAGACGACGCGAACAUGCAACGAAUCGUGAACGAGAUGCUGACAUCAUUAGAACUGGGUAGACAAGAGCACGAGCCGGUGUACAGACUCUCCGGAGGUACAAAGAGGCGGCUCUGCGUGGCUUUAGCCUUUCUAGGUUCCCCGAAGCUGGUGAUCCUGGAUGAGCCGGGCGCAGGAGUGGAUCCAGCCGCGAGACGCAGGAUCUGGCGUCUAAUCGAUCAGCACAGGAUCGGCAGGACCGUCAUUCUGUCGACUCAUCACCUAGACGAGGCCGAUAUGCUGAGUGACACGGUAGUUGUGAUGCACAAGGGGAAGAUACUUUGCACCGGAUCACCGCUGUCUUUGAAAAUGAUGCACGGACAGGGCUACAGACUUCUCGUUUCGUUUCUUCCCGAGCGCGGUGUCAACGCCGGUGACUCUAUCGAGAGGAAAAAAUUGGAGACUUUGAAAAGUGUGAUAGAGGACGUGGUGCCCAAUGCUGUUACCAACGAGAUCUCUGGUACCGAGGCGGUUGUCGUGUUACCUUUCCAGGGGCACAAUGGUAUUAAUAACAAUAUUGCACACGCAGCGAAGGUUAUAGAAGACAAUCGUAAACUAUUGGGCUACUCGCACUUCUCCUUAGAGUGUGACACCUUGGAAAAGGUAUUCCUAGAUCUCUGUUCCAGAGCAGAGAACGGAUCGUCUAUCGUGAGAAGUAGUCAAGACAGUGUUAUCACUGUAGACAACGUUGGUCUAACGAUGCCCAAAGAAAAUGUUGAUUUGCUAGACGUCGAAUCUUCCACGAAACCCUCCACAAUUAGGCAGAUCAAAGCUCUACUGAAGAAACGUGUAUGGCACUUCAGAAAGGACUGGUUGACAUUCUCAGCCGGCCUCUUCUUGCCAACGAUGUUCGUUGCGGUUGCUAUGGGAUUCUCUUUGAUCAGGCCUCCGUCUGAGGACGAACCAAUGCUGACUCUUACUCCGAAAUUAUACGAUACUCAUCCGACAUAUUUCUAUAGCGUCGAUAAUGGUGACGAUCCGUUUUUGCAACACGUGUCCCUGCAACUUCACGAUCGAUUCGGAGAUGACUAUGCCGGCGCAUGGCAAACACUGCCCAAUGACACAGGCACUUGCCAGUGCUUGGAUGGUCAACAGGUUUGCCAUGGCGUGUCCCAAGCCGUCGAAGGUCUGCUACAAGUUUUACCUGGCAAGCCUACUCUCGAUUGGAUAGUAUCGACCCACCAAGAGUACAUAGAAAAAAGAUACGGUGGUUGGUCGUUGUCACACGCCGAAGACGAACCACUUUUCGUCGUCUGGUACAACAAUAAAGGUCAUCACGCUCUGCCAUCCUACUUGAGCGCGUUGAACGAGGCAAUUCUGAGGGCUUCCGGUGUUCAAGGUCGCCUAACAGCUCUCAAUCAUCCCCUGAGACUCUCGAGCGAUCAGUUAAAUCGAACAACCUUAUUACAGCAUGUGGCGGACGUCGGCGUUGCUCUGGUGCUCUUGAUCGCGUUCAACUUGGUGGCUGCUCAGGGCUCCAAGGAAUUGGUGAGAGAAAGGCUGUCAGAGGAGAAGAGGAUCCUCUUCUUAGCUGGAGUUCAGCCUGUCACCUAUUGCGUCACCGUACUAAUCUGGGACUUCUUCGUGUUCGGCUGUUCCAUAACUUUGGCUGUGAUAGUCUUCGAGAUCUUUGGCCUUCCUGCAUACGUUGCUAGAGAUAAUUUACCUGGAAUUUGCAUCUUACUGUUCCUCUUCGCGUGGGCAGCGCUACCAUUCUGUCACCUGACAGAAAAAAUCUUCGACGACUCGAGCAUGUCCAACAUGGUCCUCUUCUGCGUGAACACCUUCAUAGGUGUAGCUUCUCUAGCCACCAUCUUGGUACUCGACGUCCUCGGCAAAACAAAAACUGCAGAAGCCGCGAGGAACGUGUUGCACAAUAUUCUAUUGAUCUUUCCACAAUACGCCUUGGGCGAUGCACUCGUACAAAUAUCACGAAACGACAUCACAGCCGAAUUACUAGAAAAAUUCCACAUGGACACGUAUCAAUCGCCUCUAGGCUGGGAUCUUCUCGGUCUCCAUUACGUUUAUCUCGCUAUAGUCGGUGCUCUUCUAUUCUCGAUUAAUCUAACGAUCGAAUGUCGAGUUCUGCCCAAUUGGAACAGACAGAGGUGUCCCUACGAGACGAUACAGGAAGACGACGACGUGUCGAAGGAACGAAUGAGGAUCGAAGGUGGAAUGUCCGACGACAUUCUCCAAACGGUGAAGCUACGCAAAGAGUUCAGAAGCGUUUACGGUACGAACGUUGCUCUUCAAAAUUUAAGCAUAGGUGUGCAAGCUGGAAAGUGUUUCGGUCUUCUGGGGACGAACGGGGCUGGAAAAAGCACCACGUUCCGUAUGUUGACUACGGAGGUCAUACCGACAGCAGGCAGGAUCAUUCUACGCGGCAAGAAGAUCGGUUCAGGACCAUUGUGCAACGGAGAAGUCGGUUAUUGCCCUCAGAGCGACGCUCUAGACGGUUUCUUGACUCCGCAUCAGUGUCUGACGAUUCACGGGGAAGUUUGCGGGCUGAGUAACGUUCCCAAGGCGGUCGAGUCGACGUUGAAGAGACUCGAUCUUCUGAAACACGCGCACAAGAGGGUGAGCAAUCUCAGCGGGGGUAAUAGAAGGAAGCUAUGCACUGCCUUGAGCGUAAUGGCGCCGGUGCCUGUGGUACUCAUGGACGAGCCGACGAGCGGCAUGGAUCCAGCCACGAAGGAUCUCGUCGCGAAGACGAUCAGACGAAUGACGAAGAAUCAAACUUGCGUCAUUUUGACGUCGCACAGCGUCGCGGAAUGUGAAAAUCUGUGCAACAAAGUUGGUAUCCUCGCUAAAGCUGGCCUCAGGUGUAUCGGUACUCCGCAGCAUUUAAAGCACAAGUUCGGCGAAGGUUACGUAGCGUUCUUGAGAUUCCGACAGCCUGUAUCGUCCGCGGAUCUGAGGAAAGCGAUAGUAAAGUACAUCCCACAGGCUGUGGUCUCCUCUAGACAGGCCAGCGCGGCUCGUCUACUGAUGCCACGAAGCCAGGACAUGCCGGUGAGCAGCAGCUUUAAUAAGCUGAAGCUGUUGGCAGACGAGCUGAAAGCCACCGACUACACGCUCACGCAAAGUUCUCUGGAUCAGGUGCUCGUUAAUUUCUCGGAGGAGAUGGACAACGAGAUCGAUGGGUCGAUUUACACGCAGAACAGGAGCAGCAACAACGUCUCGAAUAUUUAUUCCAGCACCGAUACCAUACACAUGGACACGUUCUGAUCGAUAUUACGCGUGUUAAUUCGUGUUCAUCGUCGAACUUGAAAUUUCCAUCGAACAACGAACUUUACACCGGUUUUACAAAUCUAUCUCUUCGUUGUUGAUAAAAAAAAAAGGAAAAAACGAUCGUGUGGCGUCUACUGCGAUAGCGUUACUUCCGUUUCUUUAGCGCCACGUUGGACGAUAACGGCUUGCAAUUGUCUUUUUCACUUCAGCAAGCAAGUGCUCGUCGUUCAUUUCCGAUUAUCUGUUGAUUUAUAUAUAUAUAUAUAUACCGGGUGUCCUAGUUGUUUUCGACCAAACUUUGCCGGUACGUUCUAUAGGUAUAAGCGA